AUGUUCAGAAUCGCCAAAAAUAUCGUCAAAACUUUCGAACAAAGUGUCUCGGAUACGAUCGGCGUCGGCGGAGGUUUGGACUCGUACUUCGAGAGUAUACCGUCUCAUCUACUCGUGCCUGGAAUUCACACGAAUGAGACUCUGCAGGGUCUUCGUGUCUUGAGCUGCGACGAAACGCAGCUGCAACUACAGUCGUUCUUCGAUUUCAUCGUAGGGAUCAACGACCAGCCCCUCCCUCUGGUACAAAACCAGCACGGCUACCUUUAUCCCGAUUUUGCCGCACUUACUCGCAUCCUGAAUUCCGCGUGUGGUUCCAGUGUCAGGGUUCACGUCUGGUCCGGCAGAGGUGGUGUGUUCAGGACCGAGUACAUACGUGUAGAGCGGAAACAAAACGUGGAAGAGGUCCCGCUGGAUACACCUGGUGACCAGGAAUACCGCGAAUUUGCUAGCCUGGGGUUUACCCUUCAGUGGACGCCGCUGAUCGCAGCCACUUAUACCUACCAUGUCCUAGAGGUAUCAGAUGCGACAGGCCCAGCGAGUGUUGGAGGGCUCGUGCCGCGCGAAGACUACGUGGUGGGGUGCCAGGAGGGCCUGUUGGCUACCGGGGGCGAGACACUACUGCAAGACAUACUCAGAUCCAAGGCCAACCAAGAUCUGGCCCUGUAUGUUUACAAUGCGGUCAGCGAAUGUGUUCGGCCAGUUGUCGUCCACAUUGGUAGUGACGGCAGACUCGGGUGUAACAUGGGCUAUGGCUAUCUUCACAGAAUACCUCCUGCUGUGGGCCAAACGGUCGAUUUGUCACCUCCCGAUCAUCCAGAUACUGCAACAGCAGCAGCAGCACUCGGGCCCCAAACUGUACCAGAAGCUGUCUCUCCAAGUCGCUCUUUUAUACCCGCUGGCUCUCCGGGCACGUUUGUAGGAGCUUCAGGCACCCCGCCUCCACCUACCUCUCAAUUUAUCGUUCCUCCUCCUGUACACAAGCGCAAAACGAAGCACGCUAGCUCGACAAAUGCAGCAUCAGCAUCCAUACAGGAUUACUUUCAAGAAGGCAAGGAUCCCAGCCCUCCCGUGUCUAGCAAGGUUAAAGCCACUCCUCCGCCCCCUCCGCCCUCUAAGAACCAGGACUCAGAUAGCUAA